CCCUCCACCCACUCGGGCUCUCCGCCCUUCGCCACCUUCUUUCUCCGGCCGACAGACACACGCACGCACUCUCCGUCCCACACCCCGGGGUUGGCCGGUCCUCCUUCCCACCCCGCCCCUGGGCCUCUCAGUCAGCCUGGAGCCCUUCCCCCACCUCUCCCAGACUGGCUCGAAGCUCCACCAAUCAACCGGCAGCGCCGGCCAGCACACAGCCAAUCAUCGCCCUGCACUGGGUGGGUCACACUGAGCCAGCCCUGCUGGAGGGAGGGAAGAGAGACCGCAGGCCAGCGGACGGGAAGGGUUAUCAGCCAAUCAGAGCAGAACCUGGAGCCAAGCGGCGUCUCAAAGCGUUACUGAGCAGGCGCAAACCCAGCACCAGAUGGAUAACAAUUCAAAGGACAGCGAACCCCCUGAAACCAAGGAGUCUGUUAUUUAUAACGCUGAGAAGGCCUCUUUCACUUUGGGAAAUGAGAAGUUUGUAACUCCUCAGAAGCGUGCAGCGGAAGUGACUCCUGAUUGUUGCACACCAGAUGCUUUUCAAUCACCUUUGGACUUCUCCUCAGUAACUGUAGAGCAAUUGGGAAUCACACCUGAAAGCUUUGUAAAGAGCUCUUCCGGAAAGUCACCAACCUACCUUAAAAAAUCCAGACGACGCUCUACAGUUGGUGCCCGGGGCUCUCCUGAAACAAACCAUCUUAUUCGUUUCAUUGCUCAGCAGCGGAAUGUAAAGAAUGCAGAGAAAUCUCCUUUGACACAGAAUUCCCUUUUUCAGGGAAGCCCUGUACUGUAUCAAAAUGUUAAUUCUUUAAGAGAGCGAAUAUCUGCCUUCCAGUCGGCUUUUCACUCCAUAAAGGAAGAUGAGAAAAUGACUGACUGUCCCGAAUUCUCAGCGGCAGAAGGAGAGUUCGAGACACCAGGCUUGACCAGAAAAGAAAGCCCUGAUGAAUGUCAGCAGUCUGAGUUCCCUGCAAAGUUAUCCUCCAAGCGUCGGAGGACGUCUUCUCAGAGCAGCUCUGCUGGGAAUCUGACUGGUACACUUGGUCUCCACGUGGUCAGUAUUGCUCCGUCUUCCAGUGCAGGCAGAGCGUGUGCUUCUCUUGCAGAUCUUUCUGAGAAAUCUUCUGAAUCUGGUUUCAUGCAGUCUGGAUGUUUGAUUGAAGAGUCUGUUCUACGUUCCAAGCUCACAGAGGCUUCAAGUGGAAUCCAGGUUGCUGACUGUGUGGAGGACAGUGGAUCGAGCGAGGCUGUUUCACUUGACACCUUUACUGAUACAGCUCCUGACGUCAGGGCUCCGGUCCCCACACUGUGCAAGAGGGACAGUCCAUCCUCUGAGACCAUCGUCCUUCGUUCUGUGCUAAAGAAACCCUCUGUUAAGCUGUGUCUAGAAAGCCUGCAAGAACACUGUGACAACCUUUCUGACGAUGGGACUCAUCCAAGUUUCACCUCAAAUCUUGCAAACUGUUGCAAAGAACGAAAAGCAGAAAGUCAAGAAAGUUGUAAAGUACCGACCUUUCUAAAUACAAGGAAGAGGAAGAGAGUAACUUUUGGAGAGGACCUAAGCCCUGAAGUGUUUGAUGAAUCUUUGCCAGCAAAUACUCCAUUGCGUAAAGGAGGAACACCUGUUCGUAAAAAGGAUUUGAGUGAUGUCAGUCCACUGCUACUCGAGCAGUCACCAGUUCCUGAGCGGUUAUUGCAACCAAAUUUUGAUGACAAGGGGGAGAAUGUUGAAAACAUAGAACCUCUUCCGGUGUCAUUUGCAGUUCUGAGUCCUCUUAAGUCUUCCAUCUCUGAGACUCUUUCAGGCCCUGAUACCUUUAGCUCUUCAAAUAACCACGAGAAAACAUCCUCCUGUAAAGUUGGCAGAACAACACGGACCUCUAACAGAAGAAGCCAAUUGCUUAGUUUUGCAGAAGAGAGUGUUGGCAGCUUAUUUCAUACAGAAGCUCAGCCUUGUAAAGAAAAGAAAAUUAGUAGGAGGAAGUCACAAGGAAGCAAGUGCACAGACAGAGCACUUCCUAAAAAGAACCAGGUUGUAAAAAGUUGCAGAAAGAAGAAAGGAAAGGGAAAGAAAAGCGUUCAGAAGUCUUUAUAUGGGGAAAGAGAGAUUGCCUCUAAGAGGCCGCUCCUAAGUCCUAUUCCAGAGCUGCCUGAGGCCUCGGAGAUGCCACCUUCGGUUCCAGGCGUCCGGAGGACGUGCCCAGAUGAUUUCAACUCAAAUGGUGAACUUGAAGAAGUGAAGCUUUCUGAAAGAAAGAAUCUUUUGCCUCAGAACCCAGAAGAUUUCCAGAUGAAUCAGGGCUUUAAUAAAAACAGUGUGUCUGAAUUCUGCAGCUCUUACAUAAAAAGUUCCUCGUUGCUUGUUAAUGCUACUUUUGAUCAAGAUUCAGAUAUAAAUACUACAGAAAUUAAUGAAAAUAAAAACACUUCAAAAGCAGAAAUAAAGUUGGAAAGUGAAAAUGAACUAAAACCUGAGACUGAGAAUGAAAACAGUCUUGUUUCUUGUGGUUCUGUGACUGAAAAACCAGUUCUAUCAGAUAAUCCAAAGCAUGAUUUUAUCCUGCAGUCCCAAGAGUGUUUUUCUGCUUCUGGUCAAAAUGUGGAAAACCCUUUUCAAAUCUUUAACAUUUCAGAAGAUAGAAAGUGUGAAAGACCGGAUGAUUUCCUAGUAGCUACUGAAGGAAAACUGCAGACCAAGCAUUUAAUGUGUGACUCACAAAAAGAAUGUGAUUGUUCAGAAGAUGUCUUAAUUGACAGUAUAAAAGAAAGUAAAAAUCCAAGUGAGGACUUGGGAAGAAACUCCGCAGAAAAUAGUGAUAUGCGUUGUAGAGAAAGGAAGCAGAGAAGGCGCUCCAUGUGCUGUUCCGAUGGUCAGAGCUUACAUCUGGAAACAAGUGGAAGUCACAAACUUUCCGACAGGGUGAGCAGCUCUGCAGAGGUUAGUUUAGGAGAUUCUGAACUGUAUAAAGAUUUAUCUGAGUCCAUAGAGCAAACCUUUCAGAGAGGAAGUAGUGAAGCAAAAGUAAGACGCAGCACAAGGCUACGCAAGGAUGUGGAAAAUGAAGGGCUUGUGUGGAUUUCACUUGCAUUUCCUUCCGCUUCCUGGACCUCCCAGAGAACCAAAAGGAGAACAAUAUGUACAGUUGACGACAGAGGAUUUGAAAGUGUGUCCCCCAGAAAAGAAACUGUGUCCUCCAGACAGAAACCGUGUACGCUGCCCUCCACGUCAGCUCAAGAAAACAGCGAGGGCCGUGCUGCCAGUUCUCACUUACCUGGGAAGAGGAGGAGGAGCUUUUGUACAUCUGCGCUUGCAAAUACUAAGAAUGCUACUCAGUCAAAAUGCUACAAAAGAAGAUCCUUUCUCCACCAGAAGGGAGAAGGCUCUCUAAAUGACUUUGAGAGAACGGGACAUAUCAGAGAACCAAAGCAAUAACUGACAUUUCCUGCAGAACAUUUUGUAAGAGAGAAGGUAACCGUCCAUGCUUAAAAGAUUCUUUCAUUCUACUUCCCAUCCUUUGUUCAACUUCAGUGUUUUAAAAGUUUCGAAUAAAUAAAAUCAUUUGAGUUGAACCUACUUUUAAGUAGAAAUAAGUGAAUUUCUUCAUUCAAAAAGAAAACAUUCUAUUAAAUAUGUUCCCCCCAAAUGGUAAAUCUUUUAUUAGUAUUUUGCUAAAAGGAUUCUUUUUAGACCCACCAAAUGUCUCAAGAUUUAUUUCGUGUUAGUACACAUUUACCACUGAAAGUUUAGAGUCUGCUGUAAAAAUGCAUCUUUUAGAGUUGACGUGUUAUAUCUAGAUGAGAACGGUUUUUUAAAUGACAAAUUAAUAGAAUUAAUGUAAGCUUAUGAAAAUUAAAGGUAAUGCAAGGUUGCAAAAUGUUAAAAUGGGGUAAGAUGUAUUUUUGUUUUAAAAUACUGCAAAAAAAACCGUUAAAAAAUUUAAACAGGAAAGAUGGAAAUUAUAAAACUUUUCUCUUUGGGUUACAGUUAAGAGAAGCUUUAAUGACUUACUUUGUCUCAAAUGAAAAUUUUAUUUUAGUAGUUUAAAAUCAAAUAUUAAGCGUGGAAUUUUGGAAAAUUCUUUCGAUAACCAGAAGAUUAUAAAUUUUUUUCCUUCAAGCACGAUUCUUACAUGCUUUGUGGGGUGGGAGAUUGAUUUUUGGUGACAAUAUGGCAAUUUAGUUGAAGACUUAUUUCCCAGAUUAUUCAAAUUAGUCACAGGUAACUUGAGAUUUAAUUCAUGGGUCUUAAUAAAAAAAGUUUUAAAUCCAGAAAAUCACUCGAAGGGACCCUAGAAAAUUAGAUUACUAACAUGAAGCAUGAUGGGAGGAUACUGAUUUCUUUUUUAACCUGGCAUUUUCCAGCAUUUCUAACUUUUUAUUUCACAAUAUCAAGUACUGUCAGUUGUCUCACAUUUUCUAGUUAAGCUUCAAUAUAUUGUAUCACUAUUUUGGAUAGCAGUUUGAAAAUCUAAAUUGCUAUAUAUCUGGAAUUUGUGAAUAUGCAUAAAUCAUCGUAUCAUUAAACAAUUGUCUUUGAAAUCCUUUAAAUCAUUAAACUCUCCGUCUCGUGAUGGCAGAAACAUGUUAACAAAUAGCGCUCUCUAUAAAUAACACCACGGGGAGGAAGGCCCCUGCUGAGCCGUCUCCCCUCCUCGGAUGGAGACUAUUUGUUACCUUCUUGGCACCAAGAGGUCUGGAACUCCUGCUGCUAGAGACUAAUGUAUUUCACAUUAACACUCAGAGUGAUCCCCAAUUUCUCCUGCUAAAGGGUGGAUUGUUUAAAAAGUUCUUUUAUCUUUACACGUAAAUUAUUUAUGGACUUUUUUUUCUCAUUUAUAGUUUGAUGUGGUUGGCAAAUCUCUGCAACUGAAAACAAACCAAAAAAAAAAAAAAAAGAACUUAUUAAUUUAUGAAGCUUUUUGGUUUUGGUGAUUUAAAAAGAAAAAACACUUUCAGAAACGUAAGGUGUUAGAGGGCUUUGUUUGAUUUGUUAUAUUUCUCCUUCGUUUAACUUGAAGCCUAAAAAUGUUUGUUCUUUUCUCCCCUUUUUGUUGUUUGAUGAUAUAUGAUCUCAGUGUAUUUGAAUUGUAGGAAUUUCACAUGCUUUGUUUUAUUUCUCAAAAUGUGCUAAUGGAGGAUGAGGGAAACAUUUUGAUCUGUGACUUUUUGGCUUGAUUUUUCAAAUAUAUAAUUGUCUCAUUUUCUAACAUUUACAGUUAGAAAUAUAAACACUUGUUUAUACUUCUAGUUUAUAUUUAUAGUUCUGUUGAUUUCAAAAUGUUUCAGUAUAAAUGUUUUGUUGAUACUUGUAAAUAACAAAUAGGCAGUUUUCCUAAAAAGAACAGGUCUGAGAAAUCAAAGGGUGGGCGUAAUUUUGUCCACCGGCUCCUUUGUAUCAUAAGAUCUGUGAAAAGUUCAUGAUUUCUGUAUUUGAUCAUGCUUGAUUGUUUGUAACUCUUUCUUUUCAUUAAUGGUUAAAUCAAAAA